CUAGGGACGCCUGCGCAGUGAGUAGGGUGGGGCCCAGAGCCGCCGAUGGAUGACGUCACGUCCGGUCGUUCUGAAGCCAGCCGAGAGGUUAUGGCUAUGAAGUCCGUUUUUGUCACCGUGGACACCACCAGUUUCGACAAGCUCAAUUCUAUGUCUUCCAGGGCUACCCUCCAGAUGCUCAAGAGACUUGGUUAUCGCAAACUUGUUCUACAGAUUGGAAAAGGAAGAGUAGUCCCAGACUCCUUUGCUUCUACAUCUUUCUCCUUGAUUGUUUACAGGUACAAAAAUUCCUUGAAAGAAGACAUUAAGAGAUCAGAUCUGGGGCAGCUAGAUCUGAUCAUUAGCCAUGUAGGUGCGGGGAGGGGCUUGGAGGCCCUGGAAGAAGGGAAGCCCUUGGUGGUUCUGGUAAAUGAAAAGGUGCUGGCCAAUCACCAGUUAGGGUUGGCCAGACGGCUGCACAAAGAAGGCUAUCUUUGCUAUUGUACAUGCAGUCACCUUCUUGAGCUGUUAAAAUCAGUGGACUUAUCAUCACUGAAACUCUUUCCUCCUGGCAAGCCAGAGAUAUUCUCUGAAUUUUGGGAUAAAGUUGUGGGAUUUAAACAGUGA